UACGAAACCAAAACUGAAAAACCACUACCGCGCACACCGUUUGUCCUUCUGGCUGAACCUGGUGCCGGAUCUACACAGGCCGGGCGGUGACGACGUGCCGCCUUCUCACCACCGAUUGCCCGAAGACGGCGACGCCCCUCUAUUUCCCGCGCCAAGUCCGACGCCGCCCAGGCGGUUAACCACGCCCACUGCGCCCACUAAAGAUGCGCCCACGGGCGGGAAUACCACGGCAGCGUCAGAGGGUGAGAGGGUGGAAGAGUUGGGAGGGGCGGCUGCUCCUACGACUGUGCAACCCAUGGAAGACGGGUUCGCAGCCUACUCCACUGCGCUCAGCGUGACGAUAGCAAUAGGCUGUUCACUGCUGAUCCUCAACGUGCUUAUCUUCGCUGGAGUUUACUAUCAGCGCGAUAAGACUCGGAUGGGGGAAGUCGCGAACGGCGCAGAAGGAAGAAGGAAAAGAAACGAGAACGGGCAGAUGCCGAAUAACAUCUGUGGGGAACUGAUGGAAACAAGUAUCGUUGGCGUUAAGGCAGAUCCUGCCACAAUACUCGGCCAUCAUCACUCUCAUCAUCAACUACCGCCUCCAGAAUUCGCCGACCUGCCCCAGAACAACACGUCGACGUUGCCCAGGCACCCGCCGCCCCCUCCAAAACUGUCCAAGAGCAACAUGAACGCCCUGGCGUCAACCGGAGGCGGUCCAGCAUCUGGAAGGCAGCUGAACGAGAACCAGCCGUUGCUGGCCACACACGGCAUACAGUUGAUCAACACUGGGACAUUAACCAAAAAGAACACGCAGCUGAACGCUAUGACCAACGUGCAAAUGGACGAGUUGAGGGUGUGA